UUUCCGUAUCUUUUUCCAUGGCUUCUUCUUCUACUUCUCGCACUUGGAAAUACGAUGUUUUCCCCAGCUUUAGUGGGGAAGAUGUCCGUAAAACAUUCCUUAGCCAUCUUCUUGAGAAGCUCCGUAGCAAACUAAUCGUUACGUUCAUAGACCAUGGCAUUGAGAGAAGCCGCCAGAUCGCACCUGAGAUUUUAUCAGCGAUUAAAGGAUCAAUGAUCUCAAUCAUCGUCUUCUCUAAGAAAUAUGCUUCUUCCACAUGGUGCUUGAAUGAAUUGGUGGAGAUCUACCAGUGCUACAAGGAGUUGGGUCAGAUGGUGAUACCGGUUUUCUACGAUGUUGAUCCUUCGGAUGUUAGAAAACAGACGGGAGAUUUUGGCAAUACCUUUAAAAAGACCUGCAAGCGUACAACAGAAGAUGUGAAACAACAGUUGAUGUGGAUGCAAGCUUUGAAAGACGUAGCAAGUAUUGCCGGACAGAGUUCUAGGAAUUGGAACAACGAUGCAAAUAUGAUUGAACAAAUCUCCAACGAUGUGUCGAAUAAACUUUUUACACAAUCAGAAGAUUUUGGUGACUUCGUGGGAAUGGACGCUCAUAUAGAGGCAAUGAACCCAAUGUUGUGCUUGGAAAAUGAGGAAGUUAGAAUGGUAGGGAUUGUGGGGCCUUCAGGGAUUGGUAAGAGUACCAUAGCAAGAGCUCUUUUUAGUCGCCUCUCUAGCCGAUUCGACAAUCGAACUUUUGUAUCGUAUAAGAGAACUAUCCAGGAUGACUAUGGUAUGAAACUGGCUUGGGAAAAACAAUUUCUGUCAGAUAUUCUAGGUCAGAAGGACAUAAAGAUAGAUAGUUUAGGUGUAGUGCAAAGGAGGCUAAAGAACAAGAAAGUUCUUAUUGUUGUUGAUGAUGUGGAUGAUCUAAAGCUACUAGAGACUGUUGCGGGAAAAAAGGGAUGGUUUGGGUGUGGGAGCAGAAUUAUUGUGGUCACUCAAGAUAUGCAUAUUCUCAGGUCACAUGAGAUUGAGCUUAUUCAUGAGGUGGAUUUUCCAUCUAAAGAUCUGGCUCUCGCGAUGUUAUGUCGGUCUGCUUUUGGGAAAAAAUUUCCUCCUGAUGGUUUCAUGGAGCUUGCAGUUGAAGUCACAGAGCUUGCCGGUAAUCUUCCAUUGGGUCUGAACGUCUUAGGUUCCUCUUUGAGAAGUAGGGACAAAGUGGAGUGGGUGAAGAUGUUGCCUAGGCUUCAAGAUGGUCUGGAUGGUAAAAUUGAGAAAACCUUAAGAAUUAGUUAUGAUGCGUUAGAUAGCAAAGAUCAAGAUCUAUUCAUCCACAUUGCAUGUUUAUUAAGUGGUAAGAGCAUCAUUUCUAUUGAAAACUUGCUCAAAGGUAGUGCUAACAUAUGCAUUGGGCUUAGAAUAUUGGCUGAAAAAUCCCUCAUACGUAUAACAUCACCAUACGAAACUGUAGAGAUGCACAAUUUGCUACGAGCAUUGGGUAGAGAAAUUGUUCGCGCAGAGUCAGUUUACAAUCCUGGAAAACGUCGAUUCUUGGUGAAUGCUAAGGAUAUAUCUGAUGUAUUUAAGGAUAAUACUGGGUCUGAUAGCGUUCUAGGCAUAAUAUGUAACACAUCAGAAUUCAGCGAGCCACUGUCUAUGGAUAAAAAAUCGUUCAAACGAAUGAAUAAUCUCGAAUUUCUAAAAUUUCACAAAGGGCGGCGAUUGGUGCGGAAGACCGGUGAAGCCCGAUUAUAUUUACCGGAAGGCCUUGUUUAUUUGCCUCGUAAACUUAAAUUGCUACACUGCAAUGAAUAUCCAGGAAAAUAUAUACCUUCUAACUUAAUUGGAGAUUAUUUGGUUGAGCUUAAAAUGGAGAAUAGUAAGCUUGAGAAGAUGUGGGAAGGAACUCAGCCAUUUCGAAGUCUUAAGAAGAUUGGUAUGUGUUACUCCAAGGAUCUGAAAGAAAUUCCAGAUCUUUCUAAUGCCAAAAAUCUCAAUGUAUUGAAUCUUAACUGUUGCACAUCUUUGGUGACACUUCCUUCUUCGAUUCGGAAUCUCCAUAAAUUGAAACAUUUAGGGAUGAACAAAUGCACAAACCUCAAGGUUCUUCCAGCUGAUGUCAGCUUGGAGUCUCUCGAAUUCCUAGGUUUACGAGGAAACUCAAGGUUGAGAUGUUUUCCUGGGAUUUCAAGGAACAUUUCAUGUAUUCUAGAUGGAACUGCAAUGGAAGAAGAAGACUGUCUAUGGAUUGAGAAUCUCUCGGGGCUCAGUACACUUGAUUGGGACAAUUGUCCUCUGAGAUGUAUGCCUUCUAACUUUCUCCCAAAACAUCUCAGUCACCUCUCAAUGACCUAUAACAAGCUUGAGAAACUAUGGACAGGAGUCCAGCACGAAACUCUAAUCAACUGAGUUUUUUCCUUUGUCCCUCCAACAUCCGAUAUCUCCGAUCUUCUCCUUUUCUCUCUCGUUAAUCAACAAGGUUAGUAACCUCAUAAUUCACACGCAUCAUAAGCGAGCAUCUCGUAUUUUACAUAUACAUAUAUAUGCAAACCUGUUUGAGA